ACUACACAAUAGCGUUUCAAAUAAAUACCAUAUGGCAAAAAAGGUUCAUCACUUCACACCCUAACCAUAAGCACUAGGGUUCCGACGGGUUUUCGAAACCGAAGAAUCCAUCAAAGAAGAAGAGGUUCCGGUAAUGGCGGAUGAAGUUGACAGCUGUGGAAUUAGUGAGGUACAUGACGUAGUUGAUGUACACUCUCCAGUGACCUCAGUAGAUUCGAGUACUAGUGUAGUACAAACCGAUAUAGAUUCCAAUGUUGAAGGACCACCUUUGCCAGAUCUAGGUAGGCAUGGUGUGAUUGAUUUAAAAUGUCCAAUUGGUGUUAAAGGAGUGAAGACUUGUAACAAGACUAAUAGGCAAAGGCAACGGAGGAUAAAGAAGCAUGAUGAGUUGCAAGCUUGUUUAAGUGAAACUGUUAAUUCCGGUCUGGUGGCUAUAGCUUCAGCGAAUCAUGAAUCAUGGACACUAACGGAGGCUUACUAUCGGAGAAGAGAGUUAAGGCGUGAUGAAGACUACAAAUUCAUGUUUCAAGGAGCAAGCGAUGAGCAUGAAAUAACAAUGACUCGAGAAAUUGAAUCAUUGCGUCAAGAGUUUAAGAUCAUUGGCCAGAGGUGGAUAGCUGCGAAAGAAAAAUUGAAACUGUUGGAUCCUAAUAAUUUGGUGACCGAGUUUGACAAACUAUGUUAUGCAAUGAGGAAGGAACAUGUGGAAAUGUAUAAGCGCGCUUACAAUAGGAUUAAAGAAACACUUGAUGCGAUUGACAAGGCAAGUUCAAUCGACCCAGUGGAAGUUGAUGCAAGUGUUAGGCAGAAUGGAAUUAAGAAAUGUCUAUUCAACGAACAUGAUGUUUCAGAUGGUACUCCAUAGGAAUGGGUAUCUCCUACACUCAUGUCAAUGUUAAAUGGGAUUUUAUUAAAUGCAUGUGAUUUUAUAGAUGUCUUUGUGUAUUGCAAUACAAUGACGUUGUAAUUGGUUUGCUUGUACUGGGCUGGGUGUUAUUUCCUAUGUUUAUAAGCCGAGUUGGUGCUGUAAUUGGAUGAUGUUAAUUAUGAAAAUGCUACCUUUUUUAUUAGGAGA